ACCAAAUUGAUGACCUACUUUCACCUCACUUCAUUUCUGGACAGGACACCCACACAGACUCACAGUGACACAAUCAAGUUUAUUAUGGAUGUCCUUUUUCCAGAGUCCAUCAUCUGUUCCCUUGCUGGUUUGGAAAAUCUCACCACGCUGGAGGCUGAGGAGGAAUUUCUACAAGGGCCUGUCAUUGACAUAAGUGAGCGGAAGCAGUUUGACAGGAGGAUUAAGAACAUUUUGAAGAAGAGUGGCAACCCAUAGGAGUCAUUAUCGAGAGCCAUCCUAUAAUGAUCAUCAAUCCUGUUUUUGAUAAUGGUCUUAAUAAAUAAUG